GGCAAAUGUUUGAGCAAAACGUUAAACAAUAUUAAAUAAAUUAAAUCGUACACUAAUUUUAUAUACGAACAAUUAACGAUCACAGUUCCUUUAUUAUCGAAGCGUUGACUUACAUUUAUAAAAUUGUAACUCGUAGUCUAACCUAAAAAAAACCGGUAUUUGAUUUCUUUUAUCCUCUGGAAUUUGCGGAUUUACAAUGAAGACAACUGAAUCCAAGUGCAAAAUGUUGUUAUUGUCGCGAUGUUUAAUUGCGUUGGUGUUGAGCGUUUUCAUGCAAUAUUUAUUAUUAGCAGUUUUCUUGUUAUUUGUCAACUUUAACGCGUUGCACCCGAUGCGUUGGCUAAAGGAGACAUCCAGCUUGAUAUUUUCUUUUUAUACUUGGGUGGUAAUAACGCCGCUUAUAGCGUCAAUUCUUAUUUACGCAAUUUUAUUGGGAAAAUCUCAUUUAGCGAUUAAACGUUACUAUGCCUCUCGUUUCGUAUGGUUAGUGAAAACAUUUCCAAGAAAACUGUCUUUUCUUGGGAUACAUAUAGUAAUGGGACUGCUCACUGCGUGUACGUAUACACAAUUUCUCCAUGAAGAUUACAGAUCUCUUACGUACGAAUGUUACGGUCAAAGGUGUUUGAAUCCUUAUUACACGUUCCUUACUGGCAUUGGCAUUUCAUCAGGUUUUUAUCAUUUCUGUAAAGCGAAUUUAAAACAAGAACCGGAAGCAGAAUUUCCCAACAUCCAGCAGGCUUCCAUAGUUCGUUUAUGUGCUCUGCACUCGAUACUAUAUAAAUCUUUGCUCAAAUCGUUUAUGCCCUGCCUUUAUUACACUUUCAUUUAUUGGCUUUUGGGUCAUUACGGUAAUGAACGUUUAGCUCUUUUAUUUGGAAUGGAUUUGGAAGAAAAUUACAUUUCAUUCUUUUCUACUGUUACCAAUUUGCGUCUACUAUUUUAUGCUUGGAUACUAUCAUCACAAAUCCUCAGUAAUAUGCAAUUGAUGCAAAAAUUGUUCUCAAUCUUUUUAACGCAAGAAAUGGAGUUCGUUAUUGAAAAAGCCCAGUUAGUUUGUCCAAAUUUAGAGACUAAAGCGGAUAAGGAUGUGACGCUGGUAGAAGCUCUGGCCACGACUCAAGUACCCAUUAUACAAAAACUGGGCGCGUUACAAUUGCAAACAAUGGGCAAUAGCUCGAUGAUUAGUAAACGUUCCGCUAUCUAUAAUUUAUCUAUACCCGGUGGCUAUCCUACGAAUUGGAAUAAUUUGUCUGCCCAAUGCUUGGCCAUAAUGAACGAAUUCAUUGAAGAUUUGUCUCAAUCUAUUAAAAGCAUAUCAACCCUGAAGAAUGCCGAAUUUAUAUCUAAAGCCCAAACAAGCGCUACGAUAGCGGCGGAAAAACUUUUACUACGUCAAUAUAAUGUUAUCUACGGCAUUAGAAAAAUGGUACCUGAUGCACCGGCUGUCACGACUUUAACUUGUCCUAAACCGCUGCCAACAGCACAACGUAUUAAAGAAUAUUUUGAUAAUAAGUAUAAACAACUUCACACGACUUUACAUACCACACUUCGUAGAACACCAGGAUUUUUUUAUAUGUUUUGUGAACCGGAAGGUGCAAAGGCUGCCUUUAUUCUAUCGAAUUCACAAAUUAUAAUUUGGAUAUGUCAAGGCUUAGCAGGGAUCUGUGCAUCGUCCUUUAAAGAGGAUAAACACGGCGUAGUACAAAUCACUCUACCGGAAAUAAUUAACACUCUCUUGAGACUGAAACAGGAAUCUGAUAAACUGAAUAAUGUUAAUUUAAAUGGAAAAAAGUGGGAUCAAAAUUUAAUUGCUUUGAAGAGUGCCGUAAAACGUAGUUUGUAUAAAAUUACUACAAUUUACGGCGAUUAUCUGCCCGAUAUUAUCGAGGAUGCUGAGAAUUUACGAAUUUUGUCCAGCUUUAGAAAUUACCAGGAUACUUAA